CAAGCUAACAGGGUCAAGAGAAAUAUAGCUGCAAUACUGAAAUGCAGGGGUUAAAGUAGCAGCUCCUGCACGCUAACACAGUAAAAUGCUUGAAAGAAAAAAGCUCCGUGAAUUAAACUCGGUCAGUACUGAACAUAAUGCUGCAAUUCAGGCAGGUUUUAACCAGACUGUGUUUUCUUCUCCACUUUCCAGAUGUUUGACCUGGGUAAAAUGGACUUUUCUGCUCUAAUGGCGAAACCAAAAGGAACAAAGGUGUUUGUGCCUGAUAAAUGUAAGGUGCAGUUCUUCCGGGGCAAACUGGGACAGAGUCUUUCUCCUGAUAAACAGGAUUGUGACUUCGGAGACCCUAAAAUGUCCAAGAAACUCGGUGAAUACAACUGCCUGCACGAUAAAUACCUGAAGAAGUUCUUCAGACAUCCAAUGAAAAAGAAGCAGCUCAUAAAACUUGGCAUAAUUUCUCAGGAUGGAAAAGUCCGGUGCUCCGUAAAGGAAUUUAACGAAUACGUUGAGCACCUGAAGAGCACCCCACUGAAACAGGAUACAUCAGAAUUCAAGCAGCCAAGCAUACAAAUGACCUGCCAGUUCAAGGGCUCCAGCCGCCCGGAGAAGAAGAUAAAGAAAGAGACUGAGGAGCUGAGGCUGAUAGACCUGGAGGAGGAGGAUCAUGUUUCAGUUGAGGACCUAAAACAAACUCCUAGAAAAGAAAAGGUGGAGGAUAUAUCAGAAUUCAAGCAGCCCAGCGUACAAAUGACCUGCCAGAGCAAGGGCUCCAGCCGUCCGGAGAAGAAGGAGCGGCGCAUGAAACAAAAACUAACCAAUCCGGAUGUUAAGGAUGAACGCACAUUACUCGCACAUUCCUACACAUUAGAGCGUGAUGAUGAUGAUCAGGUUUUUGAUUUCAAGACUGAGAAAGAGCCUGAGGAGCUGCGGCUGAUAGACCUCGAGGAGGAGGAGCAGGAGGAGGAGGAGGAGAGCUUCCAAACCGAGGUGGCUGAUGUUUUAGUGGAGGACAUAGACCAAACUCCUAGAGAAGAAACGGUGGAGAUGACAACAUCAAAGCCAAUCCUCUCACCUGAAACUGAGAAGAAGCUGAAGAAAAAGAAAUCUUCCAGUUUGACUUGGGUAAAUGUCCAAGAGUCAUCCAGCACCCAGGAGAAUAUGGAGGAAGCUUCUAAAGAGGGUGACAGCCGUGGCUCAAUCUGGUCCAUCUUUAAGAAAGUCUGGAAGGCAGUAAAGCGCCCCAAAUCAGCUCCUCCUGCCAUCUAAUUUUCCCCAUUUUUUCCCACCCCCACUUUCACUUCUUUUUAUAUUAAUCAUAAGAUUUGGUCAAUGCAAUCCAUAUUAAUCUAUUGUAUUGUAUCAAAAUCCGCCAUAUUGUCAAAUUCGCAAGCGUCUGAAGUCUGGAAUUUAGCUCCAUAGUCGUUAUGUCAAUCCAGACCCAGUGUAGGCUUAUUUAAAAUCAAAACUACAUUUAGAAACUACAUUGCUCUCAGGCUCUCAGAGCUAUAUGAGCUGAGCUCCAUCCUUAUAGAUGUUGAGCUCUUUUAGUAUUAGUAAGUUUUAUAUAUAUAUAAAAUUAGUCCACACUUGAACAAUUGUUGCAUCAUUUUAAUUCGCCUAAUAUAUUUAAUAUCAUGUAGGUAAUUGCUCGUUGACUGCUCAGUAUUUACUGAUGAUCUGCUCCAUCUUUAUAGAUGUUGAGCUUGUUGUAUAUCAGGUUAUUGUGCAGCACACUGAGCAGCAGAUAUCCCACUUCUCCCCUCAAUUCGGUUGUUAUGAUUAUAGCACAUAUUAAUAGCGGCCCCCUUGAUGCCCGCAAAUAUACAUCUACAAUUAAAGAUUGCAGUGACGCUGCAGCAAAAGAAAGACUGAGAGUGCAUCCUGAUUGGUCCCUGCUUGGGCUUGGAUCUGUCAGUGAGCACAUGUGGGAGCGAUUUAGGCUCCACAGCUCUCUUUCUAGGCUAGAAUAUUCUAGUUUAGUUUAGUUUCUGCAGUAUAAAGGUAAUAAGAUAAAUGUAUAUUGUAUAGGUAUUGUAGAUGAUUUGCAGAAAUCAGGGAGCACAUAUUUAUAAAACUGUUUAUGUGGUCUUAAAGUCACGUCAUAUCAUGUACUAGUCAUAUGUGGUUUAGACCAGAGGAGGAUGGGUCCCCCUUGUGAAGCCUGGUUCCUCCUGAGGUUUCUUCCUACAGGGGAGUGUUUCCUCACCACUGUCGUCUCGUGCUUGCUCACUUGGGAUUACAUGUUUAGUAAAAAUCACUAGACUAAUAAAUGCGUGAUGUGACGUGACUUUAAAGAAACCACACAACAGCGAACGCAGCCUUGACCAAAUCAUAUCAUUAAUGCUCACCACCCAAAAAAAUAAUAAACAUUUUUAAAUAUAUUAA